AUGGCCGCAGCAGAUGUCGAAGUCGCAGACGCGCUCUACAACCUCCGUCUGAGCAUCAAGGCCAGCGCAUCACCCAUCCUCACCACAAGCGCCGACACAGUUUCCGACCUCGCCCAAGCCACACAUGUGUCAUUUAACACGGAUUCAGGCGACCACAGAACGUUUGCGCUUAGUACGCCCACAAGAUUUGCGCCCGAUGGCAAGCCGGUCGACUUGCGCAGCUGCUACUUUGCCUGGCUGAACAAAGACGCGAGUGUCACGGAUUACUUUGCCGCUGUACAGACACUCAAUGAGGAGCUACCGAGUGGAGCAGGCGGCAGCGUACAGAACCUCACGUUUGCGCAGAAGAUUGAGCUCAUUGCCUGGCUGAGUGGGGAGACGGAGAGCAGUGAUAGUAUCGCAGCUAUAGAGGGCAGCGCACUGAGUGCAGCAGCGGGCGAUGCCGCCGCCAUUGCAGGCGGAAAAGGUGUCCCUGUUGAUGGAGGACGGGGCAUCAAGGUCGGCGCUGCAGGAAAGAUGGUAGAUGCGCGGUUACUGCAAAUCUACGACGGAGAGAGAAAGAUGGGCGACCACAACAGCGUGCUAAGAGGCACAAAGAACGUCGACUUCUCCCCCUACCGUAAGAUCGCCAGCACAUUCCUCCGCACCCGCCCCGACGCCAAACUUCCCGCGCCCCAACCCGCCCUCGUCGCAAACCUUCAAAAGCGCCCGCAGAAACGGCUUCAACCCAUUAUCCUGCUAUCCCCCUCGGCCUCCUCCCUCCUCCGUACCUCAAACGCAAAGACAUUCCUUUCAGACGGCGUCUUCGUCCCCCCAAACACGACGGAUUCCUCGUCAACUUCCGCCUCAGCAAACAUGAUACAGAUCCAGCGUCUCCUCCCAUCCAUCUCCUCACAGCCCCUGACCUUUAUUCUCGUCGACUCAACCUCGAGCUUUAAGCCGACGUAUUGGUCGCGCGUGGUCGCUAUCUUCACCACCGGUCAGCUCUGGCAGUUCAAGAGUUACAAGUACACGCAGCCUGCUGAGCUCUUCGCAAACUACCCUGGUAUCUUCGUGGGCUGGAGCUCAGAGGAGCCACCGGAGACAGUCAAGCAAUUGGGUAGGGGUGUGUUGCCCGUUGGCGUGGACAAGUGGACCGGAAGUGAAAAGGGACGAUGGAGGGAUCGCGAGGUUGUGGAGAGGAUCUGGGGAAGGAUCGAAGAGGGUAUGCGCAAGGGGGGCUGGACAAGGGAUGGACCGGGACUUGCUGGUCAGCAGAUCAGAUAG